AUGAGCCAGACUCUUCCGGUGCGUGCGGCAGGAGGUGGACAACCGUCUGAGACAGCCUCGCACUUCUCCCUCGAACCCUUUUCGGAGCCUGUACUGUCACACCUCCUGUCCGCUCGCAAGGGCCUUGAAUCACAAGAUGGCAAGAAGUUCAGCGACGAAGUCGCGUGGCUGAAUUAUAUGGCUUCGGUCUCGUCCAAUGCGAUGUCCGGCCCCGUGGAGAACGACCUGAAAUACCCCAUGUCCUCCUACUUCAUAAGCUCGAGUCACAAUACCUACCUCUCGGGCCACCAGCUCUAUGGCGAAGCGUCCGAGCUCGCUUACACCAAUGUGCUCAAGCGUGGGUGCCGAUGCUUGGAAAUCGAUGUGUGGGAUGGCGAAAGCGAUUCGGACACCAGCAGCUCUGACGAGGACGAGGAGAAGUCUGAGACGAAAGCCUCUCGCUGGGGAAAGGUCAAGGCUCGUGCUGCACGCAUGCGUUCACGCUCACGAUCAGCCUCGCUCGCGGCCGGUGCCCCAAACGGCGGACAGCCCCCCAUCCCCUCCAAUGAGCAAGCUUCAGGGGUGCCUGGCCAACCUGACAAUGUCGCACCGGCGCGGCAGACGGAGCCUUCGGCGGAUGGCUCCAACCAUCUCUCUCCGCAGCCUUCGCCGCCACUAAGUAUGAAGGGUGAGCCGAGAGUACUGCAUGGAUACACUCUGACCCAAUCCGUCACCUUUCGCUCGGUGUGCCAUGCAAUCAGGUCAUCGGCCUUUGUGAGCACGGAUUUGCCUUUGAUCGUCUCUCUUGAGGUUCACGCCUCCCUUGAACAGCAAGACGUCAUGGUGGAGAUUAUGCGCGAAGUCUGGUCGGAAUAUCUGGUGUCGCUCAAGAGUGGCACCGAGAUUUGUGCUCUUCCGCCGCCCGAGUCUCUCAUGGGAAAGAUCCUGAUCAAAGUCAAAUGGACGCCGGACCCGGGGACAGGCGAGUCCAAUGAUCCCAUCGAGCACGUGACCUCGAACUCCAGCGACGGCACUGCCGACUCACCACCCCCCUCCCCUGGGAAACGAAAGAAGGCUUCUAAAGUCCUGUCCAAGUUGUCCGAACUAGGUGUGUAUACUCGAGCGUACACUUUCAAGCACUUCUCGCAGCCCGAAGCUGCUCUUCCAAACCACGUCUUCAGUCUAUCGGAGAACAAGGUCCACAGUAUGCAAUCCGACCCAUCGCACGGUUCUGCACUUUUUAACCACAACAAAAACUUCCUCAUGCGGGUCUUUCCGAAAGGUACGAGGAUUAACAGCUCGAAUGUCGACCCCACCUUCCAUUGGAGAAUGGGCGCGCAGAUGGUGGCCUUGAAUUGGCAGAAAAUGGACAAAGGCAUGAUGCUCAACGAGGGCAUGUUCGCGGGAACGGGUGGUUGGGUCCUCAAGCCGGAAGGUUAUCGCUGCACCACGGCAAGUGACAGAGCACAAAAGUCGCUUCAGUCGAGGAAGAGACGUGUCAACCUGGAAAUACGGGUGCUCGCAGCACAACGCUUGCCGUUGCCCAUCGACAAGGACAUCUCGCAUGCGCAAAAGAUGAAACCAUACGUCAAGGCACAGUUGCACGUGGAUCCGCCCGGCUCUCCUAGUCAGGGCGACGAAGGCGGGAAUAGCAAGGACGACCUUCAAUCACAUGGCGGUGAGGAGAAGGAUUCCAAAUUCUACAAACGGAGAUCAGCUACGGCUCGCACGGACUGUCCUGACUUCAGUGGAGAAUUGUUGAGCUGGUAUAACUUGUCCGACGCCAUCCAAGAAUUGAGCUUCCUCAGGCUCAAAAUCAUGGACGACCGCUCAAUGGGCAAAGACAACAUGCUCGCAUGGGCGUGCAUACGACUUGACCGCCUUCGGCCAGGGUACCGGUUCAUCCAUUUGUUCAAUUCGUCUGGCCUGCCAUCUCCCGGCGCCUUGCUUGUGCAUGUCUCCAAGCGUGUGGAAUGA